GUUCGGCUUCACCGGACCCUGUACGCAUGCUCUAGUCCUGAACUUGCGGAGCCAGUCUAAGGCCUAGGCGCAGUCGCACUAAGCCUAAGCAGCCGGUGAUGGCGGUAGCGGCGGCGGUGGUUGCGGCGGGUCCGGGCCCAUGAGGCGACGACGGAGGCGGGACGGCUUUUACCCAGCGCCUGACGUCCGAGACAGGGAAGCUGAGGACAUGGCAGGAGUGUUUGACAUAGACCUGGACCAGCCAGAGGACGCGGGCUCUGAGGAUGAGCUGGAGGAGGGGGGUCAGUUAAACGAAAGCAUGGAUCAUGGGGGAGUUGGACCAUAUGAACUUGGCAUGGAACAUUGUGAAAAAUUUGAAAUCUCAGAAACUAGUGUGAACAGAGGGCCAGAAAAAAUCAGACCAGAAUGUUUUGAGCUACUUCGGGUACUUGGUAAAGGGGGCUAUGGAAAGGUUUUUCAAGUACGAAAAGUAACAGGAGCAAAUACUGGCAAAAUAUUUGCCAUGAAGGUGCUUAAAAAGGCAAUGAUAGUAAGAAAUGCUAAAGAUACAGCUCAUACAAAAGCAGAACGGAAUAUUCUGGAGGAAGUAAAACAUCCCUUCAUUGUGGAUUUAAUUUAUGCCUUUCAGACCGGUGGAAAACUCUACCUCAUCCUUGAGUAUCUCAGCGGAGGAGAACUAUUUAUGCAGUUAGAAAGAGAAGGAAUAUUUAUGGAAGACACAGCUUGCUUUUACUUGGCAGAAAUAUCCAUGGCUUUGGGACAUUUACAUCAAAAAGGGAUCAUCUACAGGGACCUGAAGCCGGAGAAUAUCAUGCUUAAUCACCAAGGUCAUGUGAAACUCACAGACUUUGGACUAUGCAAAGAAUCUAUUCAUGAUGGAACAGUCACACAUACAUUUUGUGGAACAAUAGAAUACAUGGCCCCUGAAAUCUUGAUGAGAAGUGGCCAUAAUCGUGCUGUGGAUUGGUGGAGUUUGGGAGCAUUAAUGUAUGACAUGCUGACUGGAGCACCACCAUUUACUGGGGAGAAUAGAAAGAAAACGAUUGACAAAAUCCUUAAAUGUAAACUCAAUUUGCCUCCCUACCUCACACAAGAAGCCAGAGAUCUGCUUAAAAAGCUGCUAAAAAGAAACGCUGCUUCUCGUCUUGGAGCUGGUCCUGGGGACGCUGGAGAAGUUCAGGCUCAUCCAUUCUUCAGACACAUUAACUGGGAAGAACUUCUGGCUCGGAAGGUGGAGCCCCCUUUUAAACCUCUCUUGCAAUCUGAAGAGGAUGUAAGUCAGUUUGAUUCAAAGUUUACACGUCAGACACCUGUUGACAGCCCAGAUGACUCAACUCUUAGUGAAAGUGCCAACCAGGUCUUUCUGGGUUUUACAUAUGUGGCUCCAUCUGUACUUGAAAGUGUGAAAGAAAAGUUUUCCUUUGAACCAAAAAUCCGAUCACCUCGAAGGUUUAUUGGAAGCCCACGAACACCUGUCAGCCCAGUCAAAUUUUCUCCUGGGGAUUUCUGGGGAAGAGGUGCUUCAGCCAGCACAGCAAAUCCUCAAACACCUGUGGAAUACCCAAUGGAAACAAGUGGCAUAGAGCAGAUGGAUGUGACGAUGAGUGGGGAAGCAUCAGCACCACUUCCAAUACGACAACCAAACUCCGGGCCAUACAAAAAACAAGCUUUUCCCAUGAUCUCCAAACGGCCAGAGCACCUACGUAUGAAUCUAUGACAGAGCAAUGCAUUUAAUGAAUUUAAGGCAAAAACAGGUGGGAUGUGUGAGUGAGCAUCCCUCAGGGUGAAACAAGAAGACUCAAAAUGACAGUCUCAAGGAGUCAAAUGUCAUUAUAUAGAACACUCUGAACCGAAGGAAAAAUCAAUAUGGAUUUUUCAAAAUCAAUCAAUGGUGCAAAAAAGAAAAAAACUUAAGCAAAAUAGUAUUGUGGAACUCUUAGGCACAUCAAUUAAUUGAUUCCUAGUGACAUCUUCUCAACUUUAUCAAGGAUUUUCAUGUUGAUGGCUCAGAACUGACAGUAUUAAGGGUAGGAUGUUGCUUCUGGAUCACUGUUGCAUUCUGAUUGUGUCAGAGGAUUAUCCUUUCAUUAGGCAAAGUAUGAAAUUGCCUAUAAUACUUGCAACUAAGGACAAAUUAGCAUGCAAGCUUGGUUAAACUUUUUCCAGCAACAUGGAAUCAAAGACAGAGGAAACCUAUCGAUGUUUUAUGUGCAACCUGAAUCUUUUUUUUAUAUAAAUAUAUAUUUUUCAAAUAGAUUUUUGAUUCAGCUCAUUAUGGAAUACAUCCCAAACUUUAAAAUGCGAAAGUAUUGGUUGGUGUGAAGAAAACCAGACAACUCCUGUUUCUUCUCUUGGUGAAAUAAUAAAUUGCAAAUGAAUCAUUGUUAACCACAGCUGUGGCUCGUUUGAGGGAUUGGGGUGGAACUGGGCUUUAUUUUCAGUAACCCAGCUACAAUACCUGUCUGUAAUACUAGGGUGGGUGGGAAUCAAUCUAUUUAAUCAUUUUUACUUGCGUACUGCUAUGUGCUAAGCUUAACUGGAAGCCUUGGAAUGGGCGUAAGUUGUAUGUCCUACAUUUCAUCUUGUCCUGGGCCUGCAUUGCACUGGAAAAAAAAAAAAAAAAAAUCAUCUGUUCUUAUACCAGUAUUUGGUUCAAGACGCCAAAUGUGUUCAGCCCAUGGCUGAAGAAGGACUGAAGACAGGAAAAAAUGCAUAUUGAAGGCGGGAAGGUGGCAAAGUGAGGAAGGAUAGGGACCCAGGGGAAGAGUGUGUAGCCAUGGUCCACUCUCUGUAUCUGAAUGCUUUACAGCAAGUUGAUAAGGUUUUAAGUUUUACUUCUUUUUACUGUAUACCUUCUGUUCCUUUUUUUUCCUCAACAAUUUCAAUUAGAAAAAAAGGUCUAAUUUUUUCUCCUAUACUGGGGCUACAUUUUUUUGAUUGUAAAAAUAUUUGAUGGCCUUUUGAUGAAUGUCUUCCACAGUGAAUAAGAAAACUUAGUGGCUUAAUUUAAGAAACAUGUUAACAGGACACUAUGUUUUUGAAAUUGUAACAAAAUUUACAUAAGUGAUUUACAGGUACAAAGAAUAAAAAUAAAGGUAACUUUACCUUUCUUAAAUACUUCUUGCCUUAAAGAGAGCAUUUCCAUGACUUUAGCUGGUGAAAAGGUUUAAUAUCUGCAGAGCUUUAUAAAAAUAAAUUUCAAUGUGUACUGGUAUAAUAGAUGAUCAUGCAGUUGAGUGUUACCACCUCUUUUUGUUUGUCUUUUAUAAUGUCUUCAGUCCAAGUGUGCAAAGUCAAUUUGUAAUAUUUUGCAACCCUGAGAUUUUUUUUUUUAAAUAGAUGCUGCUUGAUAUGUUCUUCAAACAUUUUUGAGCCAUAGGAUCCAAGCCAUAAAAUUCUUUAUGCAUGUUGAAUUCAAUCAGAAAAGAACAAGGUUUUACUUAAAUUGCAAUUCAAGUAAGAUAGGAUGAAAUCCUAUCACAGUAAGCAAAAACAGACCCAUGAAAAAUGAUUGGAAAUACACCUUUUCAAUCGUGCAAUAAAAGAAUUAGUAACAGCUCAUCUUUGGAUAGAAAGCCUUUUUUGAAAAAAACAAAAAAACCCCACCCUCUCAAGCUUCCUGUCUCCCUUAUUUGCAACAGCCUACUGUGAACUUUCUAACUGUGGCUAGUAAAUUAGAAGCUCCAAUGAUGAAAAAGGGCAGAAAUUGUACCUUAAGUGCAAAUCUUUGUUUUCUGACAAUUUGUGAUGUCUGAAAAAACAGAACUCAAGAAGCUAUGGUGGUUUGUACAGGUUUUAUUUCAGCCUGUAAAUGGCUUGUAGUAUUCUAAUACUUGUUUUCAAAUGUGUUUAUUAACUGUAGUGUCAACUGCCUGAACAAAUUCCAGUGAUAUUUUUACACCAAAAUAUUUCUCCUUAGUCCUAUUUGCUAGAAACAUUUGCACUGUGAUUGGAUGGCUGUAAGUACCCUAUAGUUAAACUGUUUUCAUAAUUAGUACUGCCAGCUAUGUUGGCAAACACUACAACUUAUCUGUAUAAAAAGCAUCAAUUGUAUACCUACUCUUCACAAAAAUAGUUUUUCUGACUUAACAUUCAUUAAGCAAAAUUAAUUUCCCAUGUUAUGGCAAGUUUAUUGGGAAAUUGUUUCGUAAAUGUAUAUCCCUACUAUGAUUGUGAAAACAUGUCAAGUGCCACACUGGUGUCACAGACAGAAAGCACACACCUAUGCAAUAUGGCUUACCCUAUAUUUAUUUGUAAAAAUUCAAGCAUAGUUUAAAAUAUGUCACUAUUACUAGUUGAGUGUCUAGGAGGGUUCUUGAUUAUUUCAGGUAAGUGUGUAAAAGAGCUUAAGUGCUUUUCUUUCAUCACUUAUUUUCUUUAAAAUCAGCUAUUACAGGAUAUUUUUUUAUUUUAUACAUGCUGUUUUUAAAUUAAAUAUUAUCACUGAGAAUGAAGUUUACUAAUUUGAUUUUGUAAGAUUUAUAAGCAUUACAGAAUAAUUAAACUGGGAUUUAUAAACCAGCUGUGAUUAACAAUGUAAAGUAUUAAUUACUGAACUUGAAUCAUAUUUUUAGAAAAGUUAUUUUUUCCCCUUUGUGGUCUUCACUAAUUUGAAUCCGUCAAGAAGGAUUUUCCCAUAUUAUUUUCUGAGACAGAAGGUAAUUUGGGGUGGGGGGAAAGGAUGCAUAUAUGAUAUCCCAUAAAUUCAACAUUCUUUGCUGUAGGUGACAAAUGAUUAUAAACCAGAUGCAUCUUAUGUAGUAUUAAUACACUGAACCUUUGAUUUUAUAUUUAAUAUAGGACCUAGCUAUUUUGGAUAGUCAAUUAGUCAUAUGGUUCCUAGCUGACAAGGGCUAGAUCUACAAUUAUUACCAUGAGAAAUGUUGAAUUUAUGAAGAAUAGAUUUUGAGGCUUUUGAAUAUGGUUAAUUUCUCAAAACAUCAGUGUCCACAUAUCUACCUUCUUCCAUAGGAGUAGACAUUAACAAGCUGGACAAAACAAUUAUAAAAGUAUAUGACUAUCACAUACGACCUAAGGUCUGUUGCUCAUUAAUACAGUGCUUUUCUUGUGUGAUUCUUACCACUAUAGCACAAGUAUUCAGUGGAUUAUCUGGGGUAACAUCUGAAAAGAUGGGUUCAUCUGUGUUUGUAUUUGCUCUUUAAAACUUAUUAUUUUUCUCCUAUCCAAAGUUGGCUUUGCAUCUAUCAGAGUAAAUAAAUUCUUCACCUGCCUUAUUAGGAGUGCUAUGAAGGCAACGCUUUUUCCGCUUUUCAUCUUGUAUUUAGUUUAAUGUAUUAAGAUAUUUGAUUUCAGAUUGAAUGAAUGUAAAUAGAAAUUAAAUGCAAAUUUGAAUGAACAUAAAA